CCCCGUUCCUCCAUAAAUACUUUCCCUAGGGUUUUCCGGGAGGUGGCAGGAGAGAGCAGGUAUUGCUUUUUAUCAUUAUGGCAGCGAGGUUGCUGUGGGCUUCGAGAGUCGCUUCGUACCUACGAAUCUCCACCUUCCCAAGGGGCUUCGCCAGUGUUGUGAAGGAUUUGAAAUAUGCCGACACGCAUGAGUGGGUUAAAGUUGACGGUACUUCUGCAACAGUUGGAAUAACAGACCAUGCUCAGGACCACUUGGGUGAUGUUGUGUAUGUGGAAUUGCCUGAAGUUGGCACCAAUGUGACACAGGGAAAGAAUUUCGGAGCAGUUGAGAGUGUCAAGGCUACUAGUGACAUCAAUUCUCCCAUUUCCGGAGAAGUAGUUGAAGUUAACACUGAGCUAAAUAGCUCUCCUGGAUUGGUGAAUGCUAGCGCAUAUGAUGAUGGAUGGAUUAUAAAGGUCAAAAUGAGUGAUGCAGGCGAGUUGGACUCACUGAUGGAUUCCGACCGAUAUGCAAAAUUCUGUGAGGAGGAAGAUGCCAAACAUUGAGGCAAUUCUAGAUUUAUCUCGACAAAAUUGUCAGUUUGAGUUUUGCCGAUUCUCAGUUCAUGCUUCGCAAAAUCUUGUUGUUUCAUCAUCUUUGCAGGCUCUAGCAGCGAGCAUUUGACUGCUGAAAUAAUCACAACUUUUUCAUCCUUUGGCCUGAGGAUUGUAAAUUUUGAUUACCUUUUAUGCCUUUAAUUUUGCCUUCAAAUAUGAACUCUGAUUCAAGAGGUCUCCUCAUGCAAAGCUGCAGGCUGUCAAUUGUGCGAUUGUCGUCUUGUUAUCCAUACCGUUGUUUUAUC